CUCGCUCAAGCUGGUCACAAGAAGACGGGUUAGGCGACGAGUUACGAGCACGAGUUAGAGACGAGUAGACGAGUGAGAGACGAGAAGCCUUAGAUUACGCUUUAAAAAUGAGGCGUUUGAUUGUCUUGGCGACACUGUUGGUAGUGCUAGCAAUAUUGCUCGAAGAUCAUGGCGCGGAAGGACUAUUUGGUCGGCGAAGGAGGCGAAGUUCAGGAGCCCGCGGUCCCCCAGGUCCAAGAGGGCCUCGUGGUUAUAGGGGCUUUCCAGGGCCACGGGGACUUCGCGGCUAUACCGGCGCUAGGGGCCUCAAGGGAGCUCGGGGAUACCAAGGCUUGCGAGGACUGCCUGGUCAGCGUGGAUAUCGCGGGCUCAAGGGCGCAAAGGGACAACGGGGCUUGCGAGGCCUCACGGGCGCCACCGGUAAACAAGGACCGAGAGGAUGGACUGGGGCUCGUGGUCCCAAGGGCAUUCGUGGUCUCAGGGGAUUGAAAGGACCAAUAGGACCACGAGGCUUGAAAGGAUCCCGAGGGUUCAUGGGACCCAGAGGAUUAAGGGGCCUCAAGGGGACUACAGGGUCACGUGGCUACAGGGGGCUGAAAGGGAGUCGAGGCUUAACAGGCCCACAAGGGAAGACUGGGGCGAGAGGACCACAGGGACUCCGAGGAUACCGAGGGUUUACCGGAAAGCCUGGGCUCACAGGACCACGUGGUCUAAAGGGCGCCAGAGGAGCUACUGGGCCCAGGGGCUAUACUGGUAGAACAGGGCUUCGCGGGGGUACCAGGCAAAUCGGGUCGAAACGGCACUCCUGGGAAGAAUGGCAGACCAGGCGCUAAAGGAGCCAUGGGACCAAGAGGAUACAUGGGCCUCACAGGGUCCAAAGGUGCCAGAGGAGCUAGAGGUAAA